AUGGCGUCACAUUCUCCGUCUUCAACCACUAUCACCUGCAAAAGAUCCACAUCUCAGAGCGAAGAGGCAAUAAUGAAUCCAAGUUUCUCUGACCUUCCGUCAUCCCUUUUGGAAGUAAUAAUGUCUCGUCUUACAUUAAAAGACAACAUCUUUGCAUCAGCUGCUUGCAAGUCAUGGUGUGAAGCUGCAGUAUCCACUCGGGUAGUGGAAAAGCAUCCUUGGCUUCUCAGUUUCGACAACUAUACCAGUUUCUUUGAGCUCCUUGAUCCAGUACAGUCCCAGCUGUACACUUUGAAUCUGCCAGAGCUAGCUGAAUCAACCCUGCUUUACUCAGCGCACGGGUGGUUACUUAUGCACUCACCUACCUCGGAUGACAUGUUUUUCUUCAACCCGUUUACUCGGGAGCGAAUAAGCUUGCCUGAGUUUGCGCUACCGUUCCAGGCAAUAGCGUUCUCUUGUCCUCCUGCAUCGGAAGAUUGUGUUGUGGUAGCGUUAAACUUUAAGGUGCAGUAUUGUGUCACUAUCAGCACUUGCCAUCCUGGAGCAACUGAGUGGAUCACUAGUGUCUUCCCUGCUGCUAUACUGUGUUAUACGAAGAGCAAGCUUGUGUAUCUCGUUGAUCGAUUCUACUGCUUUAACGUAGGUGGAGGUUACUUGUACUCCUUUCUCCCAUCUUCCAGGACAUGGGUUUGCCAUGAGGAUGCAUAUUACUUGUACUCUUUUCUCCCUUCUUCCAGGACAUGGGACAAGAAAGAAACUUUCUUGGCGGAGAAGGAAGGACAGCUCUUUCUCGUGUUUACUUGUGGCAAGGAGAAGCCAGUGGUGUAUAAACAAGGCUCUUUGCAAUGGGAGGAGAUGUCUAGUACUGAGCUUGAUGGCUUCACAAUCUUCUUCAGUUCUUAUUACUCUGAGUUGAGAACUAAUCUUCCAUUGAUGAGGAACAAUCUCUGCUCUUUUGAUGACAGACUCAUUCGUUGCCUCUCUUACUCUUAUGAUAAGAGCAGGUACAAUCCGCAUAAGGAAAGUCUGAGCUGGCUAGAACUUGUUCGUCGUUCAAAGUGCCUCUGGAUCGAUCCGCCGGAUAAUGUUUUAGACUAUUUGAAUUGA